GAAUUAUUGUGUUGCUGUGGUUUUUUAACAUUUUCAGAAGUUAAAUUUGGUCGUGAAAACAACUAAAACAAUAGCAAACAAAAUGAAUCAGAAUCUUGAUUUACGCAACCUGUCUCCUGUACUUGGCAAGCCAGUAAAGAAACUCGAGCAGAUCCAAACUCUUAACAAAAAUAAGUUAAACCUUGAAGAUGUGCAUAGACACUUGCACCAACACUUAAUCAAAAAAGUGAUCAUUCCAAGGCCUGAACUAAAAAUGUAUUUCGACCAAGUCAAACGAAUGAAUCCAGACGAGCAGACCAUCAAUAACCGGAGACUGUUAAUGAAAGUCAGAGGACUAUUAAAUUACAUACUAAAAAGGCGCUCAGAUUUUCAGUGUUUAAUAGUUAAAGGAGAAAUCACCAUUUUUGAGAAAUCUGCUUCCGAAGAAGUGAAAAGUGUAAACGAAAUGCCUGAACCGCCUAAAUUUUAUAGUCAGCCAAGUGAAGAUUCAUUUAAGUUGGGGUCAAGCUUUCUUACGAACAACGAUUUUCUGACUGUUACAUCCGACCAAAAUCUUCAGAAGAUGGAAGUUGAAAGUACAUACAACUACUCUACAGAUUUGUUUCCCGACACUAUCGAAUCACUUCACAACUUUUCGCAGGAAAACUAUCAAAUGCUAAAAUGUUUAACGAAUAAAUCUUCAUCUGAAGACGACCAAGUAUUCAAAGUGCCACCACCACCACUUGUAGCAGAUCUCGAAAAACCCUAUAAAAUCGAUAAACACAGUGGAGACCUGUUUUUCGAGAAAGCAAUAUCUUUGCAAGAUUUUUCGCAAACAAGCGAUCACGAAGAAAAUUUUGCUGACAAUGCUUAUAAAAUGCAUGAUGUAGCGGAAGAAAAUUACAAUUCGCUCUUUUCGGAAACACCUUCGCUGUCACAAAUAUGUGAAGAGGAGGAGGGGGCUGCCGCCGAUACACAAAUGGGGGAAUUACAGGGAUCGUUUUUCGACAAUGACAACCUUUUUGACGAUCUCUCAAUAACGAACGACCAGUUAAAAGAAGAAUUUGAUAUGGCCCACGAACAAAUGGAAGAGUGGUUGUCAGAACUUGCUCAUGAUUUGAUUCACCUGGAGGUGAACGAAAGUUACACUAUUUUUAAUCCUGCUGUUGCUAUUAAUGAGAAUAACGAAACAAGCAAGAUGAACGAAAGUGUGGCUACUUCCAGCAGCAUUCCCGUGAGUCCAUAUUAUAGUGAAGAAAAUCUGAAGAUCAUUCGAGAAGUCUGCUCCGAGUUUAAGAAGGAUCUGGAAGAGAGGAUGAAAACUGACAAAAGUUUGGAAAUAUUGCGCGAUUUACUUAAUUCGUCCGACAUGUAAAGAUAGUUUGUUCAUUUUUGAUGUUACGGAUUUAGUUUU